GUUGACUUGUCAAAGGAACUUGUCCAUCCCACUAAACAACAACAACAACAACAACAACAACAACAACAACAACAACAAAAACAACAUACAGCACCAAUGUGCUAAUACUUAAUAUUUGGGUUCAAGGCCAGUUAGGAAGCGAUGCAUUGUCAGUGUUGGCCCCCAACAGAUGGCUUGGCCUGAAUCCUUCCAAAGGUAUUAUUUCAAACGGGGACCUUUGAGGCUAAAGUGAGACUGGUAUCAUACUAUCAUCGUAGCCUCCAUCGCGACCUCACUUUGCGGAGGAACCAAGCACACCACCGGGUGUGUCAACAAGGGCCAUGCUUCUAGAAGCAAGUCCCCCUUCCCUUGGCAGGGAAAUUCCCUGUUGGUCAGAAUUGCAACCAAUCUCAUCCAAAUUUGGGGUUCCAGAGAGCAGAAUCAUUGAUUUGUUGUUUGUUGUGCACCUUUUUUCGACAGCAUUUUCAUAGAACGACGUAUUACCUAUCCAUAUUUGUUUCGAAAGGAAAUCUUUGAUCAAUUUUGGUGGCAAUAAAUUCAUACUUCGGAGAAUCAGGGUGGAGCAAACAAAAAGACGAAAGAAAAGGAAAAAAGGCUGGUUCAAAGGACGUUUAAAAAGUCUCCGAAGCUAAGAUUAGUCUAACAGGGAAGGAAGCAGGAAGACGAUUUCAAUCGGCUUGAUGCCGCUGCUGCGUCCCACUUUUUGAUAUUCCUUUGCAGUAUUUUCUCCUCGCCAUGGUCGUGUACUCUACGCUGUAGUUGUCAGAAAUGGAGGCCGCGGGAUUGCAUGAUUUCACUUAUUUCAUGGGUGGAAUGAGCUUCAAACUAUCUCCAACUUUGCGGGCCAUUCCGGGAUGAAACCAAUGACCACGUACAUGUACAUAUGUAACGAGUGGAGUGUCAUGGAUUAUUGCGCAUCUCUAACUGGCAGAUGCAGCCAGCCCCAUCGUAUCUGAUGCUAUAAAUAUGCCACAGUGGCUAUCCAAGGAGUCAUGAGGAGUUUCAUUUUUCUCGUUGUCACUCAUCCUACCGUGUUUAUUCAAGGCGCGCAGCUUUACAAUUCCAGCUACCGACUCUGAGUGUAAUUAACUAGUUUUUAUAUCUAUCUUGGUACGGUACAGAUAUCGCAGAGUCACUUAGCUACGUACACUUGAAUGAGCCCACGCCCCCCCGCCAUGCAAGAAAUGCCAAGAGAAGCUCCCUCCUUUCUGCGACAUCGAUCAUCAGCAUGUUUAACCAUAAUAAUUAGCUUGCCGUGGCUGGUGCCAAAAUUACAAAAACCCAUGCCACCAGAAACAUAGCAGCUCAGGCGCCCCUACAUCUGUGUAUAUUCUGAAACUCUUCUGACAUGCAAUGGAAAAAUAAAUAAAAGAAAUUUCUUGAAUCAUUUGGGGCCCCAAAGAAUAAUAAGACUAGUAGGAAGCAAAGAAGAAUGGGGCUGUGAUGAGAAGAAUAAACUAAAAAUAAGUUAGUUUGAGUAUAGACAAUAGCAUCAAAAUAGCAUAUGGUGUGGAGAACAGGUAAAACGAAGAAAUACGAGAAUACUAGCUCAUGGCAAUGAGUAAUCGAGCGUCUAUUUUCUCACGUUUUUCAACUCAAAAAUUCUUCAGCAUCCUUCGGUUUUUAAAAGCAAGUCAAAGGAAUUACGGGGUAUUUACGCCGUAGUGCAGAUCAAGACUUGCUUGUCCAACUCUUCUGGACAGGUGUAAUUCGGUUCACGCAUUUCGUUCUUCAAUAAUCCCUGCUGAAGACGUUCAGCGGAACGGGAGUCACUGAAUUAGUCUCGGUUUUAAGGGAAAUAAACCAGAAGAACUCCUCCGGCGGCAGACGGAAACCCAAAUCCCCGAACAAACUCGGGUUUAACCAAAAGCGAGCACCCUAGGAAACGGGGAAUCCUUUUUGCAAGUUGUGGGUAGUCAUUUUUGCAUACUCCUCCAAAAAUUACUAGCCAAAGACAAAACAACCCCCUUCCCCACUCCCCAGGGCCGGCCUUUGAACUGGUUUAAAAGAAAGUUAAACGAGCGGUGAUCUGCCAGUUCUUAAACUUUCAGACGAACCCCCUCAGAAAAGCGUAGCAGAGAACGGCCCUUCAUCAUCACAUUGUUAGUCAGCAGCGGUAUGGUGACAAGAGGGCCGGCGGGCUUUAGGUGGAGCUUUCGUUCGUCUUUUUGUGGAGAGAUAGACGCGCAACUUUAGCUUGGAUGAUUGUCCAUGCCGGGGCCACGCAUGGAUGGAGCGCAUGCGGUAUCAAAUGAACAGCGAGUCUGAGCGGGGGCUAUCCGGCUUGUGAUUCAAGGGUGACCAACCAGAGAAAUAGACCUAGAAUUUCCAGGAUAGGUGAAAUAAAGAGUUGGGCUUCGAGCAUCAGUCAAUUGCGAUCAAAACUCGCAUAAUGAGAAGUGCUUGCGGCGCAUCUGGAGUAUGUGACCUUGCCGAAGAAAAAGAAUGGUCAAUCCAAAAACCGUGUUUCGCUCCUGGUGCUGCUCUCUUGCAGGGGGGGCUUUUCACUCCCAAGAGGCUAUAUUUCACCUGUCAGGAGUUAAGUAUGAAGUAGCAGGAAGCUACGCCUCCUAUCACAACAUCGUCAGUUAUGUUGCAAAACGAGAGCCCUGGGCCCCCCGUUUUUGUUCAUAUCCUCCGUGCAUCUAAGGGCGGAAGAUAGCAGACAACGAGAUGCCCCCUGAAGAUUUGAUUUGGAUAGCUCGUGCACAUCAAAAAGGACCUCACGAGUGAACCCAAGAUUUUCACCUUUUCCCCGCCGUCCAAUGCUAGCCUUGCCUCAAAAUCCAUCCAAUGUUUAACAACAAGCGACCCGCAGUAAUUAUUGGUCACGUGAUUGAAUUCGGACCUGCUGGCUUGGUAGCAGCCAAAAGCUCCAGUCCCAGUUGCAUAUUUUUCUGAGUAUUUCGACUUUUGAGUUGAUCGUUUCACCCCUUUUUUGAGCUUUCAUUUUCCUUACUGGUGGAGGGCUAUUACAGUGUAUUUUGUGUUUCUUUGUUCUUCUCGUUUGUUUCGUUUAUUUUGCAAAAGAGCCGCGUAUUUGUUUCUACUGAACAAGUAACGUUAUUUCAACCGACUUCCGGCCUAUCCUUGAGGGAAGACACCUCCUCGCAACAAGGGUCCAUAUUAUGAAGUUUGAGGAUGAAGUUGGGGGUUCCAGUGAUUCGAUAAGCUACUGUUACACUUCAAGGUGUAGCCGCGCGCCGGAGGGUGGCUUUUGCCAUUUGUUGGCUGUCCAUGUUGCAGGGGCUCCAAGUCUGUCCAGUCUGUAAAUCAACAAGCCAUCGUUGCCAAUGCUGGCCCUCCUUGCCAGGCUGGUCAGUCAGUCCCGUAUCAAAGCUGCCAAACCCCUGCGCUGAGUGCUAGUGGACGAUGGUAUGGAUUUGUCAACUUUAAUAUGCAGGAAGCCCAACAAGUCAAAACCGUGCCGCGACCCUCUUUGCAGAGGCCUUCAUUUGCUUUCGGUUCCUUUAGUUACUGACUUUUCUACCACUUUUUCUUUUUCGCGUGCUGUUUCGUAUAGAAAUGCAAAUGGACCCUGACAAUUAUCAGACCAAUGUAUGUCCCCAAAUCGAAUGCCAUGUCAAUAUUUUAGCGCCCGGAUUGCGGUAUUUCAUUUACUGCGGCGUUCUUCAUUCCCUUCCAGACCUCGCUUGGGUGAUGGGCUGGGAAAAUCCACUUGUGCUUGAGGAUUGUCGGCCGGGGAAUGCAGGCCUCGAGCCGCGAGGCACAACGUACACCCUGGCCUUCGAAUUGUGGUUGGUCUUCAAGAGUCCACUUUUCCUUAUCCCAGACCAUGAUGCCGCAGUGUUUCUGGCAGCUUGCAGCUUGCAGAUGGAUGGUUUAUUCUUUUUUUUGCAUGUUUAACGCUCCUCGACCUUGGAGAUCUUUUCUGCAAAGCUGAUGCGUGUUUGGUCACAAGAUACUCUGUAUAUCAAAAAAUAGCCGACCAGGUGGCAGUGCAACCAUGGUAAUUCCGGGUUCAGCUGCCAACAAAAUCGAAAACGAGGCAAGCACCUCUUGGAAGCCCAAUGCACAGAAUUGGAUUUGGCAGGAUCCUGCAAUGCUAGUAUCUUCGGCAUCUUAGAAUUCCGCCCGUAAAUUAGCAAAUCUUCAAAAUUAGGAGAUCCACCAACGCGCCUGUCAGCCAAUCCUGACCGCUCUUCUUGAGCAAGCGCUGGCAUUCCGCUAGAACGAAGAUCGUACAUGUCCACUAGUUAUCGUUGGCUCGACCUAUUUACAUUGGCCCACCUCAUCACCCUCUAAGGCUUUGACUACGUGACAACUCGCCUGAACGAGCCCUUCGGUGUUUGUGAUUAAUCCGGGGUUCUAGUUGAACCUGGUUAGAGAAAAGCUGAGCAUGGUUAGAAAAGGAAAAUCAAAAACUCUACUCAUGUCACUCCAUGUCAACCACAUCUAAAAUACAUACACACAAUAGCUUCUCCGGUCUCAAAACACCAAAUACUCAACACAUACAGUUAUAUUAAAGAUAAGAAUUAUAGAGGAGUGGAGUUACUCUCUAGAAUACUCAACUGAAAAACAAUUUCAUCUUUUUUAAAUAUAUCAGUAUUGUGUUGUGUGAAGAAAUCAGUCUAUUAGUGCAUGUGUAUUUUGGAUAGGGUCUUGGUUCUAGACAUGAUCUGGGUUGAUUUUCUAACCAUGUUCAACUUUUCUCCAACCACGUUCAACUGGAUGCCAUGAUUAAUCUUUUCUCUUUAAUGAUUUCCUUUAGCGGCAUGUUGCAAGGACUCUCUCCAAUGAGUAUGUAGAGUCCACCUCUCGCCGAGAUUAUUAGACGGCGCAGAUAUGCCAUACUUUGCGGCACAGCGACCACAAAUCCCCGCCUAGCGCACCAUAGUUGGAUUCUGCUUUACGCUGUAACUGAUCGAUCAAUCCAGGUCUCUGAGUGGUGGGCGAUUUUGCGGCAUGGGACAGAUGUCACGGCACGAAGGACUCAUCGUACGCCCGUCCGAAUGUUUCAGGGUUUUUUUUUUUUUUUUUUUUUUUUUUUUUCCUCCCCCAUAGGCGCAUGAUACAAUUCGACCAUUCCUUGUGAUUUGAACAACACCCAAAUACCCGCCCAACUCAGGCUCCUGGAACCUCUUUUGAUGCGAGUCUAUCUCAAGGAUCUGCCAAUUCCUCUGACCUAUCCGGGUACUAGCAAACUGUUUGUUAUUGUCGGCAUGGGGCGCGCGGGCCCAGCCAUGAACCAUAAUAUGGCAUAUCGGGCGAGAGAGGCACUUCAUUACUCUCCCUAUUUGCCCAAAUUUAAAAGAGCAGGGGGGCCUCAAACACGAACCCCCGUCAAGGCGUUGCUCAUUGUUCAGCUUGUGGCCAGGUUGUCGAUGAGAUUUUGCGUCAGUCGCGUUUAGUUUAGAGCUGCUCUGUUAUUUUCUUUUUUCUUCUGUUGGCCUUUUCUCCUUUCGCACUGGCUCGCCUGUCUUCAGCCCCGAUUACCCGGCCAUCCACUCCCAUUUUAAUGGCGAUUCACUUCCUAACCCAUAAUGUCUCUCUGGGCUAAACCUCAUUUCACGAAGCCGAGCUUGUUCUGACGCGCCCAUCAUCCAUUCCUCCACAUUCCUUUCUUGCCCUCCCUCCCACUGUCUGAUGGACUAGUUUUUUCUCAUAGAAGCCAAACAAUUGUGUGGAACAAAAUGCGGCUAAAGUCAGCGUGCUCCUACAUCUAAUGCCUGUUCUACCAAGCUUAUUCCAUAUGCAUAAUGGUAUUUCUAGGCCCUCUGCAUGUGGGAGGGAAUGAAGGAUGCAUGUUAACCGCUGGAUGCUGGACUGAAACUGAACAAUCUUGCUGAGCCUCGUUCAUUAAGUUACCGAAUAAGCAUGGGCUGGGGUGGAGAUGAUUCCUAAUUUUAACCCUACAUUAAGUAUCCGUACACACGGUGUGUAUACUUGAAUAGGACACCUCCGAAACAUUGGUUCAGGUCUAGAGCAACCCCCUUCCUAUGCUCUGUUCCCCACUGCAUCACUCUUUUCCUUCGACCUUUGCACAUGACAUUUCUCCUGAUACAUAUUUUUGCCCUGAGGCUGCCUGAUACUGUACGCUCCUGAGAAACUAAUUUCAGAGUCACCAUAUACUUCAUGAACUAGGUUGUUGGGUCUAAACUGAUGCGUCGUUCCGAACCCAUAUCGCCCGCCCCUCAUCGUACUUUGAGCGUAGCCAUAUUGUCAAUUGAAGCUUUGUACAUCCUGCUAGCAGGACUAGCCCAUGUCAUUCAACGAUAUUGUCAAUGGCCAAUUUUAACACUGAAUUUUUUUUCUUCUUCUUGGGCUUCCCCACAACUACGGUACCUUACCAUCGCCCCGUUGCUGUAGAAGCUAUUCGAGGGUUAAAUGCAAUGUCAGAGCGUACAUUUGGGCUCAUCACUGUACAUUCUUAUCGCACAUAUAAUCAUGAUUGAAAUAUAAAUGAUAACAUCGUAUUCAUUGUAGUUAUCCCCGUUAAGAUAUUUUCGUACCUGAUAGGACUGUUUCCCACUUUAGAUAUGGCAUCCAGCGUGGAGGGGCAAUUAGGGUUAUGACUCACAUGACUUUUGCUCCCCGCCUCAAAAAAAAAAGCGAAGGUAAUGACAGAACACUCACCAGCGCACAUUUAACUGACAAACAGCAAUAAUUUUUCGCGCAACUUAUCUUCUAGGUUAUUUUGAUACCCAGAGGCGCCAUACAACCAUGGCAGCCUCCACCGCAGUUCUCGUACAUAUCGACGAAGAUGUUGGCAAUGAUGACCAGACCGCAACCGGAACUGAGUCUUCCCCUUACAAGACUCUAGUCUAUGCUUUCCUCCAACAGCCGCCUUCAACGCCAGAUAUUCAUUAUCUGACGCGCAAAUCGGUAACACGUCCUAUCAAUGAAGGUGAAGACCCUUCUGUGCGAUUGGAAUGGAAGCCCGCGACCAAGUCCGCGCUGAAAAAGGCCACCAACCUCUACGAACAACGAAAGAAGAAAGCUGCAAAGGAGAAGGAGCUAGCUAUUCGCGAGAAAGAAGAGUUAGAAAAGCGGAAAUUAGUCCUCGAAGAGGCUAAGAAGGUGGUCAUCAAGGAAGAUGAGUCGCUACCCAAGCCACUCAAGAUAAGAUUGAACGAGACGGACCCCGCCAAGAUCAAGCUGAGACCGAGUGACGGCGAUGAUACCCCUGGCACCCGCGUUCGUGUAGUCGGACGGGUCCAUCGCCUAAGAUCGCAAAAGGAUAUGAUGUUUGUGACGCUGUCAGAUGGGUAUGGACUACUACAAUGUAUUUUCUCAGGUGAUCUGGUCAAGACCUACGACAUGAUGACUCUGACCCUAGAAACAUCGAUUGCAAUCCAUGGAGAAAUGCGAGCAGUACCGCCCAAGAACCAUGCGUAUGAUGAUCGCGAACUCCAUGCGGACUUCUUCACCAUAAUUGGUCGUGCUGCUGGUGACAAGGAGGCUAUUACUACGCGUGUUGCUCCCGACUCGGAUCCCCACACUCUCUAUGACAACAGACACCUUGUGCUUCGAGGGGAGACUUCAUCCUCUAUCAUCAAGGUUCGUGCUGCGACCCUUCGAGCUUUCCGAAAAGUGUUCGAGGAAAAGGGUAUGCUAGAAGUCACGCCCCCAUCGAUGGUGCAAACUCAAGUCGAGGGAGGAAGCACCUUAUUUGAAUUCGACUACUAUGGUGAAAAGGCCUACCUGACCCAAUCCUCCCAAUUGUAUCUCGAAACCUGUCUUCCAUCCCUUGGUGAUGUAUUCUGCGUCUGUCCAUCCUUCCGUGCAGAGAAAUCUCUCACCCGCCGCCAUUUAUCCGAGUACACUCAUGUUGAAGCGGAACUCGACUUCAUCAGCUUCACCGACUUGCUUGAUCAUCUAGAGGAUAUGAUCUGCCGUGUUAUUGACACCGUUCUUUCAGAGCCAUUGAUUGCGCGAUAUGUCAAGGAGCUCAACCCGAACUUCAUACCACCAUCACGCCCAUUCAGGCGAAUGAAAUACGCCGAAGCAAUCGAGUGGCUGCGUGAGCACGAGAUCCUAAACGAACAAGGGAAACCACAUACAUUUGGCGAUGAUAUUGCUGAAGCUGCAGAGCGGAAAAUGACAGACAUGUUGAACGUGCCAAUCUUCCUUACUCAUUUCCCCGUAGAGAUUAAGGCGUUUUACAUGAAAAAGGACCCUGAAGAUUUACGCGUUACAGAGAGUGUGGACGUACUUAUGCCAGGUGUUGGCGAGAUUGUGGGGGGUAGUAUGAGGAUGGAGGACUGGGAUGAGCUGAUGGCGGCGUAUAAACGGGAAGGGAUGGAUCCGUCGCCAUAUUAUUGGUACACCGACCAGCGAAAAUAUGGAACCUCACCUCACGGUGGUUAUGGCAUUGGGCUUGAGCGAUUCUUAGCAUGGAUGUGCGCGCGCUAUACCGUUCGCGAAUGCUGUCUCUAUCCACGUUUUACGGGACGGUGCACGCCAUAAACAUUUACCCGGUUUGUGUUUUACUAGAUCUCCUGAAAGCUAUGAGAUUUUAGAUCAUGCAAGUCGGAUCUUCGUGCAAGUAGAAGAAACAUGUGAAGCUGGUCGAGGCGAAGAAAUAGAGAAAUACUACCAUUUAUUAACAGCUUACUAUAAUAUGAGCCUCUAGCUUAUUUAGUCUACCCAUCCUAGUCCCGCCAUAUACAUGGCUAGAUAGAUAGAGCUUAGGUGCAUGGAAAUAUAUGAGCUCGUUCUUCACUUUUCCCUUUGGUGUCAUCCAUUUCGUUUCGUCGCACAAACUAUAGUUCCCAUUCCAUAUUUUCUAACAAGGCCCUAAGUCAAUGUUAAAGAGGGAGGAGACAGUUCAC